AUGGCCAUCGAUGCAUCAUUCUUGCUUGAAUUCCUUCAAGUUUAUGCCAUCAAAGAAGGAAAGUCCAUAUCAAGACUUUCCUCAAGGAUGUCACACUUGGUUGAUCAUGCUGGGAGGAAAUCAGCACACAAUGCAAUCCUUAGGCACAUGGUGAUGCUUGAGAAUCAAAUUCCACUCUUUGUUCUGAGGAAAGUGUUGGAAUUCCAAUUCUCGUCCUUAGAGGCUGCCGAUGAUAUUUUGUUUUCGAUGCUGAUGGGAUUCUGCAAAGAACUUUCACCAUUCAAGAUGGUUGAAGACAUGCCAAAGCUUUCAGUCACAGGGUGUGCCCACUUGCUGGACUUUUUGUAUAAAAUGAUCACACACAACGUGGAGGAACCAUCUGAUCAAAUUAUCGAAGUUGAUGAAGAUCAAAGUGAAGCUACAACUGGAGAGGAAAAGUCUUCAUUAGAUGAUUCGAAAUACGUGAAACAGCUCCUUCGUGAGGUAUGGAAAUUGCUUUCAAAGUUAAACGUACGGCCAAUUCGUCUCAUAAAAAAGGCACUUGUAUCUAAACCUUUGACAGUGAUAAUAAAAUUGCCUUGGACAAUCCUGUCCACCCUUCCUGGAUUCAAAAUCUUGAAGCAACCUGUUGAGAUCUUUUCCUCUAUCCGAGACAAAGAAGAAAUCAAGCUAGAAGAUGAGAAUUCCAGCUCCAACAACAUCAUUAGCAGACCUCCAUUGGUGGGGGAGAUUACAAUUCCUUCUGUGACUGAGCUCUCGAAAUCUGGUGUCCAAUUUGUGGCUACAAAUUGCUGCAUUUCAUCCUCAUCCGUUAGUUUCGAUGCUAAAACAGUUACAUUUUACCUCCCUACCAUUAGUUUAGAUUUGAAUACUAAGGUUAUUCUGAGAAAUUUAGUAGCAUAUGAAGCAUCAAAUGCAACAGGGCCAUUGGUUUUCAUUCGCUAUACAGAGUUAAUGAAUGGAAUUAUUGACACUGAGGAGGAUGUGAAGUUGCUGAGAGAAAAGGGUAUCAUUUGGAAUCAUUUGAAGAGCGACAAAAAAGUGGCAAACCUAUGGAAUGGGAUGAGUAAGUCCAUAAGAUUGACAAAAGCGCCGUUCUUAGAUAAGGUGAUUGAAGGUGUGAACAAGUAUCACAAUGGAAGGUGGAAGGUGAAAUUUGGAACAAUCAUGAAGUUAUAUGUUUUUGGUUCAUGGCAGCUUCUCACUUUGUUGGCUGCAGUUCUUCUAUUGCUAUUGACGGGAUUGGAAGCAUUUUGUUCAGUUUAUGGCUGCAGUCGAAUAUUUCAUAUCAGUCCCACUCAAUAA